GGGGCAGACCGAGCCGAGCCAAGCCGAGGCAGGCUGUGUGUGAAUGGGGGAGACGCGCCGCGCCGCUCCGCUCUCAGCUCUCUGUCCUCUGGAUUAUUGUGUCACUCCGUAACGCGGGACAUUUUUACCUGUCGGGACUCCUCCUGCUGCCUCCACCUGACCUCCACCCACUCAGGCUGCAUGUGAGGAGGAGAAGAAGAAGAAGAAAAAGAAGAAGAAGAAAGGCAGCAGCGGCGGCAGCAGCGCGUGGGACUGUGGAUUUAAAUAACUGAUUGGACUUUCUGCGCGUUUCCGUCCAGUCAUGACCCAGUGAAGCUGACUCUUCAUCAGACCUGCAGCCAGCUCUUCUCUCCUCCUCCUCCUCCUCCCCUCCUCUCCUCCUCCAUCCCUCCAUCCUCUCCUCCUCCUCCUCUCUCUGUCCACCAUGCUCCCCUCCUCCUCCUUCUCUCUUCUCCUCCUCUUCCUCCUCCUCUCCCUCCUCCUCCUCUCCUCCCCCCUCCUCUCUGCCCCAGCUGUUCCUCCCCCUCCCUCCAUGGCGUCUGGCAGGGUGGUGUACCGAGCCUUCGACACCUCCCUCACCCACCUGACCGUCCACCGGAGGACAGGUGAGGUGUUCGUCGGCGCCGUCAACCGAGUGCUGAAGCUGUCGGCCAAUCUGACGGAGCUGAGGAGUCACAUGACCGGACCUGUGGAGGACAACGCCAAGUGUUACCCUCCGCCCAGCGUCAGGGCCUGCGCUCACAGGCUGGAGUCGUCAGACAACGUGAAUAAGCUCUUACUGGUGGACUAUACUGGGAACAGACUAGUGGCGUGCGGGUCGAUCUGGCAGGGCGUCUGUCAGUUCCUCAGACUGGAGGAUCUCUUCAAACUGGGAGAACCACAUCACCGCAAAGAGCACUACCUGUCUGGAGCCAGAGAGGCUGAUGGGAUGGCAGGUGUUGUUGUUGGUGAGGAUGACUGGACCGCCGACCCAAAGAGGAAGAAGCCGAUGAAGGGCGGCAGCCGCCUGUUCAUCGGCGCCGCCAUCGAUGGAAAGUCUGAGUAUUUCCCCACGCUGUCCAGCAGGAAGCUGGUGGAGGAUGAGGAGAGCGUCAACAUGUUCUCUCUAGUCUACCAGGACGAGUUCGUCUCCUCGCAGAUCAAGAUCCCGUCGGACACGCUGUCCCUCUACCCGGCCUUCGACAUCUACUACGUCUAUGGCUUCUCCAGCCGCACCUACGUCUACUUCCUGACUCUGCAGCUGGACACGCAGCUGACGCAGAUGGACGCCGGCGGAGAGAAGUUCUUCACCUCUAAGAUCGUCAGGAUGUGUUCCAACGACACCGAGUUCUACUCGUACGUGGAGUUUCCUCUCGGCUGCACCAAAGACGGCGUGGAGUACCGACUGGUCCAGGCUGCCUACAAACAGAAACCAGGGCGGCGGCUGGCCCAGGCGCUCGGCCUGUCAGAGGACGAUGACGUCCUCUUUGUCGUCUUCUCACAGGGUCAGAAGAAUCGCUCCAACCCUCCCAGAGAGACCGUCCUCUGUCUCUUCACCCUCCACGACAUCAACCUGGCCAUGAGGGAGAGGAUCCGCUCUUGUUACCGUGGGGAGGGACGACUGUCGUUACCGUGGUUACUUAACAAGGAGCUGCCCUGCAUCCACACGCCGAAGCAGAUCGGAGAUGAUUUCUGCGGCCUGGUGUUGAACCAGCCGCUCGGAGGCCUGAGGGUCAUCGAGGGAAACCCGCUGUACGAGGACCGGACCGAGGGCAUGGGCGCCGUGGCGGCCUACACCUACGGAGAACACACGGUGGUGUUUGUGGGAACCCGGAGCGGACAGCUGAAGAAGAUCCGUGUGGAUGGGAUUCCACCGCCGGCCCAGAAUGCUUUGCUGUAUGAGACGGUGACGGUGGUGGAAGGGAAGCCGAUCCUGAGAGACAUGGUGUUCAGUCCAGACCAUCAGUACAUCUACCUGCUGAGUGACAGACAGGUGACCAGACUUCCUGUGGAGAGCUGCGAGCAGUACGGCAGCUGCUCCGACUGUCUGGGCUCAGGAGACCCUCACUGUGGCUGGUGUGUCCUCUUCAACAAGUGUUCCAGACAGGAAGCUUGUGACAAGUGGGAGGAGCCUCAGCACUUCAACACCCGGCUGGACCAAUGUGUCGACAUCUCCGUUACCCCGAGCAACAUGUCCGUCACCUCGCCGGCAACACAGUUAACCAUCCGAGUGCAGAACGUCCCGGCGCUGUCGGGGGGCGUGUCCUGUGUGUUCGAGGACCUGAGUGAGACGCCAGGAGAGGUGCUGGCUAAAGGCCAGGUGAUGUGUAUGUCACCGUCACUGAGAGACCUGCCGACACACACACACUCCUACGGAGAGAAACGAGUCGUUGAGCUCAGUCUGCGCUCCACAGAGACCGGACACCAGUUCAUCACCACCGACUUCAUCUACUACAACUGCUCCGUCCUCAACUCGUGCACUUCCUGUGUCAGCAGCAUGUUUCCGUGUCACUGGUGUAAAUAUCGUCACGUCUGCACCAACAACCUGCAGGACUGCUCCUUCCAGGAGGGACGGGUCAGCAACAUGGAGGGCUGUCCUCAGAUCCUCCCCACCUCUGACAUCCUGGUCCCGGCCGGGAUGGUUCGUCCAAUCACGUUGCGAGCUCGUAACCUCCCCCAGCCUCAGUCGGGUCAGAAGAACUACGAGUGUGUGUUCAACAUCCAGGGAAAGGUCCAGCGUAUCCCCGCCGUCCGCUUCAACUCCUCCUGCAUCCAGUGUCAGAACACCUCGUACUGGUACGAAGGGGACGAGGCUGGUGACCUCCCUGUGGAUUUCUCCAUCGUCUGGGACGGAGAUUUCUUCAUCGACAAGCCUGCGUCUAUGAAAGCGCUGCUGUAUAAGUGCGAGGCUCAGCGCUCCAGCUGCGGCCAGUGUCUCAAAGCUCCGUCAGCCUUCGAGUGUGGGUGGUGCACUGAAACCAGGAAGUGCCUCCUGCGGCAGCACUGUCCCUCAGCCGAGCAGAACUGGAUGCACCACGGUCGACACAACCUGCGCUGCAGCCACCCGCGCAUCACCAGGAUCGACCCUCUGACUGGACCUCGGGAGGGGGGAACACGGGUGACCAUCGAGGGGGAGAACCUGGGUCUGCAGGUGAAGGAGAUCGCUCACGUUCAGGUGGCGGGAGUCCGCUGUAACCCCGUCCCGUCGCAGUACAUCAGCGCUGAGAGGAUCGUGUGCGACAUGGCCGAAGCUCUCCUCCCUCACUCUCCAGGAGGUCCGGUCGAGCUCUGCAUCGGCGUCUGCAGCGCCGAGUACCGAACGCUCUCCACGCAGACAUACUCCUUCGUGAGCCCCAGUUUCAGUCGCGUGCGUCCAGAGAAGGGACCUGUUUCUGGGGGAACCAGACUGACGGUGACGGGUCGUCACCUGGACGCCGGCAGCACCGUCAUCGUUUACAUCGACAAGGAGGAGUGUCUGUUUGUCAAACGGACCAAUCGGGAGAUAAUCUGCAUAACUCCCGCCUCCCAGUCGGGCUCUGGCCCCGCCCCCAUCCGUCUGAUGAUUGACAAGGCCGAGGUGACGAGUUCGGACACCAAAUACAUCUACACUGAGGACCCGACCAUCACCAGCAUUGAGCCCAACUGGACCAUCCUCAAUGGCAGUACAGUGAUAACGGUGACAGGAACCAACCUGCAGACCAUCCAGGAACCCAAAGUCAGAGCGAAGUACGGAGGAGUGGAGACCAACAACUUCUGCACUGUGGUCAACGACAGCACCAUGACCUGUUUGGCUCCUGGUUUGGUUUAUGGUAAAUCCAACCCGCCAGAGGGGGCGCUGCGCCCUGACGAGUUCGGCUUCAUCUUUGACCAGGUCUCCUCUCUGCUCGUCCUGAACUCCACCCCCUUCACUCACUACCCCAACCCGACCUUUGACCCCCUGGGGAACUCUGGGAUCCUGGAGGUCAAACCGGGGUCACCCAUCAUCCUCAAGGGUAAAAACUUGAUCCCUCCGGCUCCCGGUAACAACCGUCUGAACUACACCGUGCUGAUCGGAGAGUCUCCCUGCCUGCUGACCGUGUCAGAGAACCAGCUGCUCUGUGAUUCGCCAGAUCUCACUGGAGAACAGCGAGUCAUGAUCCUCGUUGGAGGUCUGGAGUACUCCCCGGGCACGCUCCAUAUCUACUCCGACAGCGCCCUAACGCUGCCCGCCAUCAUCGGCAUCGGAGCGGGCGGAGGCGUGCUGCUCAUCGCCAUCAUUGCCGUGCUGAUCGCCUACAAGAGGAAGACUCGUGACGCCGACCGGACGCUGAAACGCCUCCAGCUGCAGAUGGACAACCUGGAGAGCCGGGUGGCGCUGGAGUGCAAGGAGGCCUUCGCAGAGCUGCAGACAGACAUCCAGGAACUGACCAACGACAUGGACGGAGUGAAGAUUCCCUUCCUGGAGUAUCGGACCUACACCAUGAGAGUCAUGUUUCCUGGAAUAGAAGAACACCCGGUCCUCAAAGAGCUCGACUCUCCAGCUAACGUGGAGAAAGCUCUGCGUCUCUUCAGUCAGUUACUCAACAACAAGAUGUUCCUGUUGACCUUCAUUCACACUCUGGAGGCUCAGAGGUCGUUCUCCAUGAGAGACCGAGGCAACGUGGCCUCGCUGCUGAUGGCGGCUCUGCAGGGUCGUAUGGAAUACGCUACAGUCGUGUUAAAACAGCUGCUGGCCGACCUGAUCGAGAAAAACCUGGAGAACAGAAACCAUCCCAAACUACUGCUGAGGAGGACGGAGUCAGUAGCUGAGAAGAUGCUGACGAACUGGUUCACCUUCCUGCUGCAUCGAUUCCUCAAGGAGUGUGCCGGCGAGCCUCUCUUCAUGCUCUACUGUGCCAUAAAGCAGCAGAUGGAGAAAGGACCGAUCGACGCCAUCACCGGAGAGGCGCGCUACUCUCUGAGUGAAGACAAGCUCAUCAGACAGCAGAUCGACUACAAGCAGCUGACUCUGAUGUGUAUCCCUCCGGAGGGCGAGGCGGGGACGGAGGUGCCGGUGAAGGUGUUGAACUGCGACACGGUGACUCAGGUCAAAGACAAACUGCUGGACGCCGUUUAUAAAGGGAUCCCGUUCUCACAGAGACCUCAGGCCGACGACAUGGACCUCGAGUGGCGUCAGGGCCGACUGACCAGGAUCAUCCUGCAGGACGAAGACGUGACCACCAAGAUCGAGAGCGACUGGAAGAGACUCAACACACUGGCACACUACCAGGUAACGGACGGCUCUCUGGUGGCGCUGGUCCAGAAGCAGGUUUCUGCUUACAACAUCGCCAACUCCUUCACCUUCACCAGAUCUCUGAGCAGAUACGAGUCGUUACUUCGGACGUCCAGCAGUCCUGACAGUCUGAGAUCCAGAGCUCCAAUGAUCACCCCGGACCAGGAGACAGGGACUAAACUGUGGCACCUGGUGAAGAAUCACGAGCACAGUGAUCAGAGAGAAGGAGACAGAGGCAGCAAGAUGGUCUCUGAGAUCUACCUGACCAGACUGCUGGCUACCAAGGGGACGCUGCAGAAGUUUGUGGACGACCUGUUUGAGACGGUGUUUAGCACCGCCCACCGAGGCUCUGCUCUCCCAUUGGCUAUCAAAUACAUGUUUGACUUCCUGGACGAACAGGCAGACAAACGACAGAUCAGCGACCCAGAUGUCCGACACACCUGGAAGAGCAACUGCCUUCCUCUCAGGUUCUGGGUGAACGUCAUCAAGAAUCCUCAGUUUGUGUUCGAUAUCCACAAAAGCAGCAUCACCGACGCCUGUCUGUCCGUCGUCGCUCAGACCUUCAUGGACUCCUGCUCGACGUCUGAACACCGGCUUGGCAAAGACUCUCCGUCCAACAAGCUGCUCUACGCUAAAGACAUCCCCAACUACAAGAGCUGGGUGGAGAGGUACUACAGGGACAUUGCGAAGAUGCCCAGCAUCAGUGAUCAGGACAUGGACGCCUACCUGGUGGAGCAGUCCCGUCUGCAUGGCACCGAGUUCAACACACUGAGCGCGCUCAGCGAGCUCUACUUCUACAUCAACAAGUACAAGGAAGAGAUCCUGACGGCGUUGGACCGGGAUGGGUACUGUCGCAAACACAAACUGAGGCACAAACUGGAGCAAGCCAUCAACCUGAUGUCUGGAAGCAGCUGAGAGGAGGGGAGGGACGAAUGGACUGAUGGACUGAUGGAUGGAUGGAUGGAUGGAUGGGGGGGUGGGGAAGAAGAAUGGGGGAGGGGGAAGUGAAGACAUUUUGUUUUUCUGAACUGUUUAAACAGUCAGCUGAAAUCCUCAGCGUUGGACCGAACUGACAGCCACAGCUCCGGCCCUUGAGCAAUCAAUCCAUCAGCAAUUUAUCUGUCAAUUGAUUGAUUGAUUGUUUUGAAGACUGACUAACUGGAUGGCUGGGACCCCAACUACCUCCAAUUGUUGGGUUUUGGGGCAGAAAAUCAGUUUCCAAACCGAUUUGGAUUCAUUUACAACGUGACUUCAAGGUGGACUGGAGUCAUUUUGGGGCAAAAAAACAAACCUUCUAGAUGCAUCUGUCAGUUUGGAUUUCGGAUUUAAAUUCACUGCAGGUGUGAGCAGGGAUCAAAGCAAGGGGAGCGUGACUGUGGAAAGACCUGACUAAAGACUGAGUCAGGUUAAACCAAACAAUGGAUGUGACAUGAGGACAAAUCGACCUGACUUCAGGAUUCCCAGGCUGGUUGGGAACUUUCUAGACGCUGGGUUGAAGAGCAGAAGGUCAAGUCAAGUUUGUGGACUUCACCAUGAAAGGCUUGUUCUGGCCUGAAGGAUCAAGGGACUAAGCUCACGGUCAGAGGGUCACAGCAAAACCACAACAGGUUUGACCUUACCUGAAGAGCCUCAUCAUAGUCUAGAUGAAUCCGGGCUAAAUAUCAGAAGGACAAGUCAAGGCUUACCGCAGAAGUUUGAAGCCUUUAAACUGAUGUCGUUAUUUUGGGACAUUUAUCCUCAUCUUGAAUCCUUGACAUUGUAUGAAAGGAUCCUGAUCUACUGUAAGAAGUUCAGGUCAAGCUUUAAGGAAGGAAGCAACAGACUUGUUGGCAGAGGACUUGAGAGGUUGCUUCAAGCUUUAACAAAGGAGAAUGAAGCAAAUAAAUGAUGUCCCAAAAAACUGAUGACUUGACCUUUCCUUGAAAUCUCCGCUUAGUCUUGGAAGAUGUGGAAUCCAGGUGGAAAAUAACAGGAAAUCAUCUUUGGAGAGAAGGAAGUAAGGACUCUAUGAGCCGAGACAAUUUGACUUGACCUCGGACUGUUCGGCCAAGCCUCGUCAGGUUCUAGAAGUUUCUAAGUUGCUGUAUAACCACUCAAUGUUUUUCUCUGGACAAUCACUCUGUACCACAGCACACUGAGCCCGAUGCCUACCGACCGACCAGUACCUGUGUCCAUAAACCCGUCCUCUCCUUCUGCCAUCUUCUUUUCCUUUCCUUCCAUCUUCAACUCCUUGAUAUUUCACCUCCUACUUUGCAUUUCACUUUUCAUCUCCUUCUCUAUCUUCCCCUUUCCUCUGCAUCUUUACCAGUUUCCUCUUUCACCCAACUUUUUAUUCCUCCUUCCCCUUGACCCUGCUCCAUCAUUGGUCAGUCAUGCUGGCCUCUGGUCAUCCUAUUGGCCAGGAAGACUCUUUAGUAAUGUACUGCCCGACCAAUCAAGACUGUGGAAUUCGCCAGAAUCAUGAAUAAUUAUACAGAAAUUAAUCCAGAAUUACGUUUGAAUACAUUCCAGCACAGGCACACAGGCAAGGUCUGUAAAUAAGCAGGUUGACUCGUUAGUUUCUCCGAAGUGAAGAACUGCGGAAAAUGGACUGACUGGCAUUUUUCAGGACCAGAGCAACGUGGAAAAUGGAGUUCUGGAUUCAGCACCAGUCAGUAAACCCAAUGCUGGUUGGUGCAGAUCGCUUUAUUGUCGGACCUUGCACAUACACCCACAUACAGCCAUGCUUUACAGCGCCAUGCUAACCGUGCCCAGGGGGAAAUACUGUGCAGCGCUACAAGCCCAGUGCCAUGUAAGGCCGGACCGGAUCACGUCAGAACUGGACCGGACUCGGACCAAACCCGGAUCAAAAACAACCUGGAAUGGAGUUUUAGCCGGACCGGACUCAAGAACUUUUAAGACUUGUGGCCAUAAUUGUAAACAACAACAAAAGAGAAAGAUAAUAAUAAUAAUGAUGAUGAUAAAGUAUAAAAGUUAAAAAAAAAAAGAAUACAAAAAGAAAGGAAAAAAGAAAUAUUGAAAUGUUAACAUGUAAUAAGAACUUUGUGGAUUUGACAGUAUGGAUUUUAAGGAGCUGAACUUGUAUAAAGCUGAACAUUAUGCUACAUCAGAGUCUGGAGGAAGACAGAGAGCCAGGAGACAGGGCGAUGGAUCAGACCGAGCAGAACCGACACCAUCCUCGCACCAUCGGACCAGACCGGACUGAUCCAGAUCAAACUGGAUUUAAUGGGACUGAAUGAAUCUGUUCUGACCCUGAAGGAGCUGAACUGAAUAUCUGCUCUGCACGUUGAAGAUGGAAACAAAUCGGACUUUUUGGUACUUUUUUUGCCAAACUGGACAUUUGUUUGAACAGAACAGAUCAGGAGUGAGUUUAUCGGGUGGCCUGGAGGUUUCGGUGGCGUUUGCAGGGGUUAAAUUGUUGCAUGUGUAGCCUCGGAUGGGGUCUUUGUUUGAUGAGCUCUUGUACAACCUAACGAAGAAUGAGGGUGCUUUCACAUGUCGGCUCAGUCUCACUUCUACAACCAAUCACCUUAAAACUUGAAUACCUGAUUCUUUUUUUCUGCAGACGGAGGAGUCGUACUUCAGUCCACCUGGAUGCUCCGCCACACCUGCGUCCAGCCAUGCUGGUAAACAAAUGCACAGAGUUCAGACCAACCUAAACUUUUUGAGACUGAACCGAGUGUGAAACGCUCUCAUUCUCUGUAUGAACAAUGGUUAAAUGUUGGAUGAAGGACUUAAGAACAUGGCAACGCUGCACCCCUCACCCCCCAUACACCUCUUCUUUCUGUGGUCGAACAUUUUCACUUUGCACAACUGGAUCUUAUUUAGAGUUUGUCUCAAUUUAAGUUCAUCGAUGAUACCUGACCUUUUGAAACAUAGACUGUCUAUAAAGAUGGACGACGUGUCUCCACUUUUUCCUGCUGUACAUAAAUGAAGCCAAAAUGUCCAGGAUACAACCGUCAUGUGGAGUCUGUGAUGUAACGAUCUCCACAGUAUCAAGUUCCCGCCCGUACGCUCAUCCAACCGAUCAGGAGCAGCAUUGUUGAUCAAGAGCACACUGAUUGGCUCACACAGCCGUCAAUCAUGACGUAAAAUCCCCUUUCAAAGCAUCAAGUAACGAAUUAAAACCAAACUGAUCAGAAACACUUGAACAAACAUCAGUGUGAUAAGAAUCCCUAAAAUGACAGAAACCAUCUUUGAGAAAUAUUUAUUUGAGGUGUACUUUGAGUUUCUACUUUGACCCAUGUCCCAUCCACUAAUAUGGAGGGGGCGGGGCUUAUGACUUAUACUGCAGCCAGCCACCAGGGGGCGAUCCAGAUGUUUUGGCUUCACUUUUGGGGAGCCGUCCUGUCGUCCAUCUAUAUAUCGGUCUAUGUUUUCAAGGCACACAAAGACUAGUUUGUGCUCAGCAGUUUAGAGUCCCCACACAUCUUUAUAUUUCUUUAACACAUUUUCUUCACUAAAUCUCAUGAGCAUUAAAUCAGGGCAGUAAUUGGUGCGAGCAGAUGAGCCUGCUAACAAGGUCUUCAUUUUUGCUUUAUUUGACCGGGAUGAUCUGGACGAGCAGGCGAAAAAUCAGAAUCUGUGCAAACUGAAACACAAAUAAUUGAAUAGUUUACUGGUCUGUUUGCACAGUUUUUGGAUCUGAAUUCAUUUUUUAUUUUCAUGAAUUUCAUGAUAUGAUUUUUCUUUGUAGAAAUGAAAAAUGAAACCACAUCGAGUUAAUUUGUUGUUUGAGACUCGUCCGGCGUGAUGUGUGAAAAUGUUCCACCACAGCUGAAGCGUCUCUCUUUUGGCUCUCUGCGAUGCCAUAAAGCUACAAAGCACCUUUUUUUAUUUUCUUGCUGUUGUUUCACUGUCGUUUGAAUCUUUGGGGCCAAAAGGACCCGAGUGGAGAGGAAGAGGAGGAAGAGGGGGAGGAAGGGUCCUGAUAAAAGACUGCCUUUUAGAUGAUUAAUUAUAGAACAGGGAGGGAAGCCACUACCAUACCAAUACCACUGUUCAUCCAACCUGUGUGUGUGUGUGUGUGUGUGUGUGUGUGUGUGUGUGUGUGUGUGUGUGUGUUGCCCUGCCUCUGCUGCUGCUGCAGUGGAAACUCAACCGUUAAAUCACUGAUCGUAUCUGCAGCUCAAUUAAAAAUCUUUUUCUUUACAGUUGCACCAUUUAAAUCAGCUGAUCAGUAUCUUCAGCGCCUCUGAAAUCUCAGAUCAGAUCUUUGGUCCUUUUUUAUAAAAAAUUUAAAUCAAAAUCUGGGACCGCCCUUUAAACUCAAAGUCACCAAACGCCUCUUUAAUUACGUCCUCGUCGCCAUUUUGAUCAGAAUUCACAUUAUUUUCUGGUGGGUGUGAUGAGAUGAGAGUUUAGAGGAGGAGAGGAGUUUCUGUCAGCAUGCUGCAGGGUGAGGAGGAGGAGGAGGAGUGGAACUGAAGGAGGAAGAGGAGGAGAAAUCCCAGGAGGAGAGUGUAAAAGAAGGGAAAAGGGAGGAUGCACAGGCAGUGUAGAGGAGGAGGAACACGCCUGCUGCAUGCUGAGAAGUGAGGAAGAGGAGUGGGAAAGGAGAAAUUACUAUUAGAUUGCAGAGAGGAGUGUGUGGAGGAGGAGGAAAGAGGAGGAGGAGGAGGAAAGAGGAGUGCUGAAAGGUAAAGAAGAGGAGGAAAACCUGAUCAAAUGCAAAGAGGAGAAAGAAAUGUUGGAGUAGAACACAGGAGGAUCAGGAUGAAAAGAGGAGGUCAGAUUCUCUUUUUGCAUGUUAAAAUGAGAGGAAGGAGGAGGGAUGAAGGAGACGCCACUGGAAUACUGAGAGCAGGAGAGAGGGAGGAGAGAGGGAGAAUACUGAUCAGGGAGGAAAAAGACGGAGGCAACGUCAUCCAUCAAACCGGCCGAGGAAGGAAAGGUCUCUGAGAGGAGGGAGGAAGAAACACUCACAGUGCGGAGAGGAGAGGAGAAUGGAGGAGAGGAGAGGAGAGGAGAGGAGAGGAGAGGAGAGGAGAGGAGAGGAGAGGAGAAUGGACGAGAGGAGAGGAGAGGAGAGUGGAGGAGAGGAGAGGAGAGGAGAGAACAUGGCCACAAAAGACCUCCUCCUCCUCCUGGAUGACUAUCAGAGGGAAACCAAACAUUUCACUGAGGCGUGCAGGAAAUUAAUCACAGAACGACUGUAACACGAACAGGUCUCAGUUCGACAGAGUAAAAACUGAUCUCAGUUAAAAUAUUAAGUUAAAACCUGCACGCUGUUGUUUUAUUAUAAAUUAUUUUAUUCUGCGUGAACGUCACAACACUUUGAGCACAGGUGCUCAGGUAAAGGUGACGAGGUGAGAGCACACCUGUGAAGACGUAGACAUGAUGUUUGGACGUGUCGUCGCAGCUGUGUGUGUGUCCGUAUCAUCAGGUCUGUUCACACUCUGACGUUUAACUGAUGAACAUUUUGGGUGAAACUUUGUCGGUCUAGAACUGAAGACCAAACAGCCAUGUGGAGGUAUUUCCUCCAGGUCCCCAGGAAGUGCGCCGGGCGUGUGGCCAAACAGUGGUACUGCAGUUUCCGGGAUUCGUCACGUUCGUCAAAAAGACUUUUUCCCACUGACUAACAUUUAGAAGGGAAAUCUAUAAAUCAGUGGAUGCAUUUUUUGAGCGCCAAAAUGACUUGUUGCGCCUUCAGGAUUUGAUCCAGUAACAUUUGGAAAGUUUAGAUUAAAUCGUUGUAUCACCGUUCAGACGCCAUCAGGCCACUCUGUCCGUACUCUGCGUUAAUUUAGUCAGUUUUUGUGCAUGUCAUGAUGUAAAUAACGGCCUCCCAGACCACUGCCGUCCACCACGCUGCCUCCUCGAGCGUCGCCUCGUUUGUUGUGUGAAACUUUUGACUCCGCCCUCUGGUGCCACCUAUUGGCUGUAUCUAUGACAUCACAAAGGACACAUGAGGGCAGUGGCGUUUACAGACGUAUCUGUUUUCACAUGUAAGGGUGUAUGAACGAGCUGUUAGCAGCACGAAUCCAAGAGGAUGCUACAAAGAACAAGGACACAGCGCCCAAAAACUGCAGAUACAGUCUGGUGAAUCUUGUGUUGAAACUGUUUCCUGACAGUCGCCGACACGUCCUGCAGAGUACGCCUCGCACCUCAGAGAUCAGAAAACAAACAGCAGAGACACAUUUCCUGUUUUGUCCUUGUUGCGUUUGAUGGAUUUGAACUGUCUGGUCAGAUUCAAACUGUUGUCGACUCAUUAUCUGACCUGAGAGUUCCUGAUUUACAGCUGGAACUUUGGUUUCUUUUGUUAAAAACUGUUUCCGUGGUAAUUUGAUCAUUAAAGGAAUAGUUUUUGUAUCUUUGCCGAGAGCUCAGGUAGCGUAUCUAAACGUGCCCCCCUCCACCCUGCAGUGUUUUGCAGUGUAUCCUGAGGCCAUCAGUCGCUGCACAAACUUUCUCUCUGUAACAAAUGUUGUGAAGUCUGAGUGACUGAAAUGUUUUGGUUCCGUCUGAUUCCAGAAAAUGGAAACCUCAGUAAUACAGUUUAAAUUCAGCCGCGACAAAUCGAUGUUGGGAUGGUUUUCCACUGUGGCAGCAAACAGUGUGUGUGUGUGUGUGUGUGUGUGUGUGUGUGUGUGUGUGUGUGUGUGUGCGCACGUACUUGUUUCCGUAGCGUCUCUCUACACACACAUUUUAACAUCAUAUCCAUCCUCUGAACACACACACACACACACACACACACACAGCUGGGAGGAGGUAACAGACUGAAGAAGCCGGUGGGAGGGCUGGGUCUAAUUCCUGGAACAGCAAACAAAACAAUUGGAUUGAUACCUCAUUUUAGUUGCAGUGUCAUCCGUCCACACACACACACACACACACACACACACACACACACACACGGCUCAGAGGUUUUAGCGUUCUCCGGCGGUCAGAUAUUUAUUGAUUUUUUUUUUUUUUCCUUUAAUUUAUUUUUUACGAUGAGUUUUAUUUAUUGUGGGAGGAUGUACACGAUUUUAUUAGUUUGUACAGCGUUAAAGAGAGAAAAGAGCUCAACAUCACACACACACACACACACACACACACACAUUUUAACACACAGCAUGUAAUAAAACAUCCAAGUGCAGGCUGGGAAACGACCACCGAGUGUUUCAAACUGUCUCGUCGAACCAAAGUGUCAUUUCAGAUUUAAAAGGUUUGAUUCUAAUUUUAAAUUUUAACCAUAAAUCCUGAGUUCAGGCCUCCGUUACGUAUCAGCAUCAAAAGUUUUACACAUCGUUAGUGGAAAGAACUUUUUUUUAAUCAAGCAGGUCUGACUUGGAAAAGCUUUUAAUCCACAUCAGUCUUGAGACCCAUCAGAGGCAGAGCUGUAAUCUGAGGUUCUGGUUGGUCGUUUCCCGUCCUGUUCACAUCCGUCCACAUGUCCGAUGACUGAGGAGUCGGCAGAGCGAUCAGUCGGUUUGAUCGAUUAGAAUCAUCCUAUGGACUCACCGCACUCACACAGCCAACAGUCAGACGAGUCGUUGGAAUGAUUCAAAUCUUUUGACUCUGAAUCCAGACGAUGUUUCCAGGAGUUAAUCAGCAGCGAGGGGAGCAGGGACUGAAAUCAAUGACAAAGGAGCCAUCGUCUCAUAUUGGUGUGAAACUGAAUUUUUCUUUUUCCCUCAUUGGAACUAAAUUGACUUUCUGUGAUCAUAGACACUAAAAACUUUAAAUAGGUAUUAUUUUGGAUUUUUAGAAUUCACAAACCAACAGCAAACAUCUGGUUGUCAACCAGCUGCAGCUCCAUAAAUGUUCCUCUGUCAACAAACUGAGUCGAGCCGCUUCAUGUAAAAACAGCUGGAGCCACAGAAACUCGUCAAAGUCUCCUCGACUGGAAAUCAAUCAUCGCCCUCACAUUGAUUUCCAAUAAGCAGUUAGCAGGAGUCAAUAUAUCAAUGGGAAACUGAUUAUUUCAACUCUCUCAGUAGAGAUGAAACAGAAGCUGAAAUUAUUUGGUCCUUAUUAAUCACAAUAAUCUCACUGCGUGUUAUUUUACAUUUUUACAAAUCUUCCAUUUGAAGUCAGCGUGAGAUUAAUAAACGUCCGACCGUCCUGAUGACGUGAGCUCAACACUUUGUGUCAGUCCGGACUCGGUGCCGCCAGAAACAUUGUCAGUGGGCGGGACUACUCGCCUUCAGAGACAAACUCCUUCAGCCAAUCAGCGAAAUAAAACAUGUUAUAAAUAUGUUGUUAUGUUAAAACAGAAACAGGAGGUUACAAAAUAUGAUGUUAUCACGAUACUUAAGUCACAACACAAUAUUACUGUGACUUUAAAUAUAAAUGAUAUGCCGAUUAUUGCAAAAAAAUAUAUUGUGAAUAUAUAUAUAUAUAUAUAUGUAUGUAUGUAUGUAUGUAUAUGUAUAUAUGGUGCUUAUGUUGUCGACCACAGUGCAGAUGCCUGAUGGGGCGGCGGCAGCGGCGAGGCCAGACUGAUACAUCGAGUGAAACAAAAUGUUGAGCUCACGUCAUCAGGACGCUCACCUGGCUGUAAAUGUAAUAAAGUAGCGUUCAUCAGCUUCAGAAGCUGCUCGCUGUGUUUCUCCAAUCAGUCAGCCUCCCAGUGAUGUCAUCAGUCAGCCUCCCAGUGAUGUCAUCAGUCAGCCUCCCAGUGAUGUCAUGGGACAUCAGAGGAAAUCAGUUUCACGCCAACAAGAUGGCGCUCUCGUCUCUUUGUGUCAGUUCGUGUGUGAAGUUUAAAUCAGUCUCCGUCAUCAGAUUUAAAAUGAGGCGACGCCCCCGUUCAGUCGCACUGAGCUCUCAUUGGACACCUGUGGGAGAUGACUGCCCGCCGACCCCCACCCUCAUUAAGCCCCUCCCACCCUGCAGACUCCUGACAGACGAGUCGAGCCGUCAGCCAGUCCCAGCGGGCUUCAUUGUACCAUAGCAACAGCAGAUCACUGGACUCCCUCCAAGCGGGGAGUCGGAUGUCUUUAUUGUACCAUAAUAUGAUUAUUAUUACUGAUUAUAAUUAUUAUUAUUAUUAUUGAUCUGAGCCGGUGCUUCUCAGCUGCUGCGGGAUCUGAUCCUCCAACUUCAAGUUAACUUCAUCUGUGACGCACUUUUCAGAACAAAGUCCUGGAUUUAAAAUCAACUCCUAGAUCUCCGCCAUGUUGUUUCCGUUCUGUCCUCGUUCGGGUCCCGGAGCCGCGGGUUGAGAAGCACCGCUCACACUGGAUCUUGUGUCUUAGUUCAGGAUGGGAUUGUUCAUUCAGGCGGCGCUGCAGGUGCUCCAGGUGACGGAUCACAAAUACGACCUUCAACACGACCGUCUGUUCUUGACUUACAGACCUACUGACGUGUGUGAUGACAUCACAGCACUCAGAGCGUCACGAUCCGCCUCCCGCUGCACCUCAGUGCCGCUGUUCAUUCACUCUGCCUGGAAAUACUGAAAACGCAGAAACACACGUCGCCUUGAUGCAGCGCUUUCCAGGAUGUAGUCAGGGUCCUUUUUUUGAUACCAUUUGCCAUUGCCUUGUUUUUUAUUUUUUUAUUUUUGCUGAGUUAAAAAUGUAAUGAUGAUGAUGAUGAUGAUGAUGAAUCUUCUUCAUGUAAUAGCCUGUGUCAGUUUUUAUACCAUUGCCAUUGCCUUCUGCUGAGUUUGUAUA